AUGCCUCGAACCGCUGGUAAGCAAGUUUAAGGAAGCUGGAGAUAAUACACGUAUAGACGUGUACUGUGCGUGACCGAUCUCGUGAAAUGUUAGCCAAAAUUCUGGAAUGCGUUUCCGAUUAGGAAGGAUUACUUAAGUGGGGUUUUAAGAAUGAUUAUCGUGCAGCAUAAUCCCAUAACUUUUCGGACUCGCCAGGAUGUCGGCUUUUGAAUGCACUUCAUUUUGACCACCUUCAGAAACCACACUCGGUAAGAAAUGACUACUUAGGUAGCAUGCAUGUUUACUAGUGAUUUUCGAUGGUCUUUCAAAUUCAAAUGUAUUUACAGAAAACACGCUCAAAAAUAUGCUUCCUUUUGCUCAUUUGGAAGGAAAUCACAUUGUUUUCAUAUUUUAUGCCCAAAGAAAGUGUAUUAUUUAGGUUUUAAAAGAGUUUCUUGAUUCCCGAAUAAUUUCUAGCCUGAUCUGACAUUACACCAGCGUUUAGCAAUUUCAGUCUACAAGAUGCAUGCUUUCCGCGUAAGGAAAAUCAUAUAUUCCUCUGUGUCUUCAAGAAGAUACCAUAUAGAGUUCAUGAAAUUUCGUAAUGGAUCCGGACUGUGUUGUACGUUUCAUAAGGAGCAUUAGUAAACGGACUUGUGCGGUCUUGCGUGCAUGGACAUCGCGCGGUCUUAAAAAUCUUAUAAUUAGAAACUUUUUAAAACCUAAAGAUACACUUUCUUCGGGCAUAAAAUAUGAACACAGUGUGAUUUCCUCCCAAAUGAGUAAAAUAAAGCUUAUUUUGUGCAUGUUUUCUGCAAAAUAUAUUUGAAUUUACAAGACCAUCGAAAAUCAAUAGGAAUAAUGCAUGCUACCUAAGUAGUCAUUUCUUACCGAGUGUGGUUUCCGCAGGUGGUCAAAAUGAAGUGCACUCAAAAGCUGACAUCCUGGCGAGUCCGAAAUGUUAUAGGGUUAUGCUGCAUGAUAAUCAUUAUUAAAACCCCACUUAAGUAAUCCCUCCUAAUCGGAAACGCAUUCCAGAAUUUUGGCUAACAGUUCAUGAGAUCGGUCACACACUGUAUAUACCUGUAUAUAUCCAUAACACAAUACGCGGUGGACAUCGUCGGCAACGACGGUCGAAGUGUCGUAUAUACAUGGGAACGGAAUGCUGGCAAAGAUGUGAGCAGAUGGAUACAUCAUUGUUUCGGGCUUACUCUGUUUUCAUCGAACCACAUUCUGAGACCAGAAACACAAAAAUUAGUACGCGCACAACGCAGACGGUCUGGAGGUGGAGUCUGCCAGAUGGGCCAUGAGCACUUCAUUGAACCAAAUCUCAUCAUAACCUCGUCAGCUGGCAUUCUCUGCCAGUGUAGGCGGAUGCUGCAGAAAGUCUUUCAAUUACGAUAUUUUUAAAUCUAAACUUAUUUCCUCUUUCAAGCAACAAGUUUCUAGGGCGGUGUUAUCUAAACGCCAAUUGUAUAACUUUGUAUAGUUUUUCUUCCUUUCUAACGAAACUAAUUGGUUUUACAACAACGUUGAAAGCAGUUGAAAUAAAUAUAUUCUAAUUAAGUAGGGGUUUCUGUUCACGGGAUAUCUCGACCCAAGUGAUUGAGAGGUUUCGCACUUUAAGGGCAGAGUAUUAUGGUAUUUGAAAUAACUUGAUAUUACGUUCCAAAAUUAUCAACAUGCAGUCCCGUUUAUGCACUACUUUUACUUGAAUUACAAAGUAGCGAGUUCGUAUAUUCUUACACAUUCUAAGGGCUGCGUUAUCAUACGAGAACUCUCAUCUUCUGACAUACAUUUACUACCAGCUGGGUUGUUAUGCUUAUCUGUAAAGCAAAACCGGGCCAGGUUCCCAAACGGACAAUCUACCAGUCCCUUCGUAUUCGUUUGCCCCGUUCCGCGAGAACUACUGAUGAAGCUACCAAUGCAAGGCGCGCACAAAAUAUGUGAGUGAACAAGUACUGUAUCCUUAUCCCCCCGCCUGCCUCUUCCUCCUCCUCUCCGCCGCCAACUAACUCUGACAAUUCUUCUGACCCACCACUUCCAUCCUCCUUCUCCUCCUCCUCCUCCUCCUCCUCCUCGCCCACUACUCCAACGGCGGCCGCUCAGGCGACUGUCCCGCGCACAACAAGCGACACUUCCACUACCUCCCCCGACUCCAGCGAUGAGGAUCAGGACUACACCUGCCCUCACUGCGACCGUACCUUCACCUCACACAUCGGCCUGGUCGGUCACUUGCGAAUCCAUCGCACAGAGACUGGCGAACCAGUGCGUGAAUCACCAACCUACACCCACCGCACUCGCAUCCACUGCCCACACUGCCCUCGCACCUUCAGGCAUCGCAUGGGCCUUUUCGGCCACGUGCGCAUCCACGAGAGCGGCCUUGACCGCACUCCCGACACACCCACCACAUCCAACACAUCCACCGUGCACAGCCCCAUCCUCGCUCCAUCCGUCCGCGCCAACACCACCACCACCGCCUCCUCUGUAGCUGACACUGACACCGCCGACUUCUCAUGCCCACACUGUCCACGCAAAUUCACCUCACGCAUCGGCCUGGUCGGUCACUUGCGAAUCCAUCGCACAGAGACCGGCGAACCAGUGCCUGGAGCACCAACCUGUACCCACCAAGCUCGUCUCAACUGCCCACACUGCCCUCGCACUUUCAGGCAUCGCAAGGGUCUCUUCGGCCACAUGCGUAUCCCCGACGACCUGCGGUAG